UUUCACACUCAGUCACAAAUCAGCGCCUGGACGGAUCCAGCAGCAGCAGCACCCAGCCUGCAGUCAGCCUGCAGUCAGACCCGAUCGCCCCGCCAGGCUCCGAUAGGACCGGGAUCUGUCUUCUCCAUCGAUCCGACUGAGGAUGUGGAAAUAGAGACUGAGUCUGAGCCCCACAGGUGCCUCCCAGCAUGGACAGGAUAGGGGUCUCCUUCCUGGACCCCCUGGAGGACUACGAGCUCAUCCACCGGAUUGGUUGCGGAACCUACGGAGAUGUGUUCAAGGCCCGCAGCAUCAGGACAUCUGAACUGGCAGCGAUUAAAAUCGUCAAACUGGAUCCUGGUGAUGACAUCACAUCCAUCCAGCAGGAGAUCACUAUGAUGAAGGAAUGCAAGCACAAAAACAUAGUGGCCUACUUCGGCAGCUAUCACAGGAACACCAAGCUGUGGAUCUGUAUGGAGUACUGUGGGGGCGGGUCGCUCCAGGACAUGUACCAAGUGACGGGUCCACUGAAAGAGAAACAGAUAGCGUUCGUCUGCAGGGAAACCCUUCAGGGUUUGUAUCACUUGCAUGAAACAGGCAAAAUGCACAGAGACAUAAAGGGAGCCAACAUCCUUUUGACUGAACGAGGUGACGUCAAGCUGGCUGACUUUGGAGUGGCAGCAGAAAUCAGCGCUUCAGUGGCCAAAAGAAAGUCUUUUAUUGGAACUCCUUACUGGAUGGCUCCAGAGGUGGCUGCAGUGGAGAAGAAGGGCGGCUACAACCACUUGUGUGAUAUCUGGGCUGUCGGCAUCACUGCCAUCGAGUUGGCCGAGCUCCAGCCGCCCAUGUUUGACCUCCACCCAAUGAGAGCACUGAUGCUGAUGUCCAAGAGCAGUUUCCAGCCUCCAAAACUGAAGGAUAAAACCAAGUGGUCUGCAGGUUUCCACAGCUUUGUGAAGAUGGCGCUCAAUAAAAACCCCCGUAAAAGACCCUCAGCGGAGACACUGCUGCAGCAUCCAUUUGUGACCCAGCUGCUGACCCGGAACCUGAUCAUUGAGCUGCUGGACAUGGCCAACAACCCAGAGCUCCACAGCGCUCUGACUCACAGCAUCGAUGACGGCGAGCUGGAGAUCGGGGAAAUGUCUCCAGACAAGAUUCAGUCUGCAGGAAAACAUCUGUCUGUAGAGAGGACCCUGUCUGAAGAACAAUUUGACCAAAUAAAGUUUGGACGUCCACUGAGAAAAGUCACAGAGCCUUAUCCUGACUUGGGCUCCUAUGAUGAUUGGAGCAUGUCUGGAGAUGAAGAUAACUCACCGAGCCUGUUGGAAUGUGUGGAACAAGCCCUGCAGAUGAGGAGUUUAACGAUUGCAAGAGCGCCAUCUGCUGAUGGAGGUAGGAAGAGCGGUUUGUUCAGUCCGACGGCCUCACUGCCGGCCUUCAGCUCUUUAACUUCCAACACAGAAGACAGAGACCUGACCCUGAGACCGACCUGCACGCUCGGCCCUGACGCCGCCAUCACAGCCGACUCAGGCUCUGCAGCAGUCUUGUCCAGGUGUUCUGCCACACAGGACAUCAGUCAGCGCUGCAGUGACCCAUGUUUGCCAUCCCAACACUCUGCGGUAGCAGAGAAAAUGAUGGUUUCCUCCCCCAAAAGAGAGACGCCGCUGUCCCCAGAGUGGAGCACGCUGCGGAAAAAGCCAGAGGACUCAAGAGCUGGUUGUCAUGGGCUUCCUCCCACCCCUCAAGUCCAUAUGGGAGCCUGCUUUACGAAAGUCUUCAACGGCUGUCCUCUAAAGAUCCACUGUGCUGCUACCUGGAUCUUACCCAAAACAAAAGACCAAUACCUGAUUCUUGGAGCAGAGGAAGGAAUUUACACAUUGAACCUCAAUGAGCUUCACGAGGACACACUAGAAAAGCUGCUCCCUCAGCGAUGUACGUGGCUCUAUGUCAUGAAUAAUGUGCUGAUGUCUGUGUCAGGAAAGUCGUCGCAGCUUUAUUCCCACAGCCUAACGGCUCUGUUUGAACAGAAAGGACAUCUACAAAAAAAACACGGCAGCUUGUCUCUCAGCACCAAUCGCUUCACUGAGAGGAUCAUUCCCAGAAAGUUUGCCAUAUCUGUGAAAAUUCCAGACACUAAAGGCUGUCGGAGAUGUAGUGUGGCGAGAAACCCCUACACAGAGAGUACCUUCCUGUGUGGGGCGGUUCCCUCCGGCCUGGUGCUGCUGCUGUGGUAUGAGCCUCUCCAGAAGUUUAUGCAUCUAAAGCACAUACCAGUGCGACUACCAGAGUCUCUGCCAAUAUUUGAGCUUCUGGUUCUGGUAACAGAUGAGUUUCCCCAGCUGUGUGUGGGGGUGAGAGACUGUAAAAAUGAGGAGAGUCCAACCAGCCAGCAGCUCAAGUUUGAUAUAAUCGAGCUGAAUGCUCCUCCUGCUUCAGUGCCAGAUGGUGGCGCCCUCAGAGCUGUACAAGUAACCCAGCUGGACAGAGACACAGUUCUGAUCACGACUGAAAAAGCAGUACAGAUAGUGGACCUGAAAGGGCUUCCAUCCAAAGAGCUAGCAGCUGAGAUCAUGUUUGACUUUCCAAUUGAAACACUAGUCUGUUUACAGGACAGUGUGCUGGCUUUCUGGAAGCAUGGCCUUAAAGGAAGGAGUUUCCAUUCGGAUGAGGUAACACAAGAAAUCACAGAUGAGAGCCGAGUUUUCCGAGUUUUGGGAACAAACAGAGACAUCAUCCUUCAGAGUACGCCCACAGACGACCCCUCAGCGCUGAGCAACUUGUACAUCUUGACUGGUCAUGAAAGCAGCUACUGAGCUGGAAAACAGGUUGAUUUCUUAAAGAACCAGGAUGUUCUACCUGCUCAAGUUUAAGAAGCGAUUCCCUUUGCACUGAAGGCGGAGAAGACCUUAGCACCAUCGGCCCACAGCAGACUCCUACUGGCAGUUUCUGCAGGGACACAGCUCCCAUCCCACAUCAAGAGGCAUGUUGCCAAGAAACGGUUGUACAACUCGUCAGUUUGUUUAAGGAAUGGCGCAUUUAAAGCGGCAUCAGCAAAGACUGUGAUCUAUCUUGCCAACUGUAGUCAUAACCCAACAGGGGGAAAUGGAACCUUACACCAGAAACCUGGGUUGGAUAUUUUCAGUCCCCCCUUUAGACACUGUGACCUACAAUCUCCUGUUAUUUGUAACAAGAGAGUUUAGUUGUAUGAUGAAUUGGCACUUUAUCCAGAGAGUGAAGAAAACAUUUGCGCCUUUAUCAGAGAAAUGCUAAACAAAUGGUGCAGUCUAUGGUUCUGCUUCCUAUGUAAAACUGAAAUGGACCUCAGUGUCUCCAUGUCAGACCAAAAAUAACUGCAAUGAUUCAGUAUUUCUCAGUUUUAAUGUGUUCCUUCUAUAUGCUGACAUUUUUAUUGAAGGGCUUAAUUGAAUCAGCGUUUGUCCACAAUCCUAACAACCUAAUGUGUAACAUCAAAAUGUUCACUAAAACUAGCCAGUUUCUCAAAGUAACAUUGGUUCAGUUGAGAUAUAAUUUGGUCCACAUGGAAACUAGUGACUGGUAUGCAGAUUAUUUCAUUUAUAAAGAGCUGGGAUAACUAGAGAAGAACCAGAGGGUGUUGACGCUGUCAGCAGGGAUGGAGUGAUGAGGCUACAAACUGUUUCACUCUCUCUCUCAAGUUCUCUCUUUUCUUUCACAAGUGGAGUGUUGCGGAUUUUUGCUUUAACGCUCCAUUAGAUAUAUAUCAAAGUUUAUUAGAAAAUGCUUUGAGUUUAUUUCAAUUCGAACAUGGAGAUAGAAAAGAAUGGAAGAAAGGUAGCAGAAAAGGAAGAGUAGAGGAGAGGAGAGAAAGAAGCUUGGAAAGAAUACAAAACAAAACCCUAGAAGUCUGUUUCUAUAACUGAGUCCAUGUUUCCUGACCUGUUAUGUCCAGAUUAGAAAAGAGGUCCUAACUUGGUGCGUAACAGAUUCUGGCCAUGCCCAUCAUGUUAUCAAAAUGAAAACCUGCUGUUGACUCAUUGGCAGACUUUAACACCUUUAAAGUUGCCAUCAACAGUGCCCUGUUAACUUUAAGACAACAAAUAAAGAAAAGUGCCAAAGUACUACGCCAUAUCCUGCUGCACAAGCAUUUCGUAUAAUUUUAUCAGAUUGAAGUCUUUCGUGGAUAUAAACGCCUGCAGUGGAGUUCUUUGUCGCAUGGUCAGAGUCAGCUUGAGAGGCAGAGCUCCAUCAGGUCAGAGGUCAACUGCUGCUGCCUUUCGUUGAAAGAGGUUAGUCCAGGUGGUUUGGACAUCUGAGCCUCUUGGCGCCUUUCUCUGAAUGAACCUCUUUAGUAUCAUAAACUUCAUGCUCCAUCUUUUCUGAAUAAUUAUGCAAAGACCAAACAUACUUUUAUCCAGAUUGAUGAGCAGCAGUAGUUACUUAUUUGUAUUUUCAUACUUUGAUGUUUUAGAGCAGCAAACUGAUAAAAUAUCAGUUUUUUAUCUGAUAUAAAACUGAUAUAUAUCAGUUAUAUAUAAAACUGAUAUAUAUAUAUAUGUUUUAUCUAUAUUAUAUAUUUAAAACGAUUUGCAAGGGACCAGAUGAGCAGAAAUGAAGGGAACCGACUUCUUAAUACAGAUGUGCAUUUAUUUUGAUUAAAGUACUGUUGAUAGAAAGAACAAUUCAGGUGUACUAAAAGUCUCAAUUCCACUACAUUGCAGUUGUCUGUGAUUGUGUAUAAUGAUAUUUAUGUUAUUUAUACUGUAAGCUGUAUUAAUAACUCCCCCUUUUUUCUGAGACACAUUGGGAGACAGUAUGCAUUCCAGUUUGAAUUUUUUUUAUGUUUUGCUCUAUAUAUGUAUAUAACAACUGAGAAUGCAUUUCUAAUUUUAAAUAAUUUUUAAUAUGAAAAAAAUUAAAGAUUUUAAUGUCCUCUA